AUGUGUAAUGAGAUUUUUAAAUAUUUCGUCAGGAUUAGCUGCAGGCCGAAUAAGGUUGACAAUCUGGAGUAUUGCUUGCGCAACCUUGUUGCUUUGGAUGCAACCCCUGUGAGCCUGCAGAGUUGCGAGGCCACUACCUUGCUUGACAUCUCUAGGGACAACGCUCAACUCUUAAUUAAUCGCAUUUUUUCACUCCCAAGGAUCGCCACUCCGGAUGGUGUGUUCGCCUCGCUGCCAAAGGAAGAUGUGAUCACCAUGCCACGUAUGUACCCGCUGCCAAAACCCAAACCGAAAACAAGGUGGCAGCUAUUUGCGGAGGCACGCGGUAUAAGGAAGCACAAACGCUCUCGCAUGGUGUUCGACAAGACGGUUAACGAUUGGGUUCCGAGAUGGGGAUAUAAGUCCAUAAAAAAGGGGGUGGCAGCAAACCCUCCAAUUGUAGAAGUCGGAGACUCGGAUUACGCCCAGAGUGUUGACCCAUUCGAAGAAGCAAAAAGGAGCAAGAACGUACAAAAAACGCGGCAGAAGCUUAGAGAGUUGCGAAACAAGGCUGAAGCUAAUGCGCUCAGUAAAACACAGAGCGCACUGCAACGGGCAAAGUUGUCUACGCGCAGCUAUGGUGAAUUCGACAAAAAGACCGAAAAUGUCGGUGCAAAGCCUCGAAUAAAACGCAAAGUUGCUACUGUGUCACUCGUUGAGGAGAAGAAAAGCUACUUGGCAAGCAUCAAGAAACUUAACAUUGGCAAAUGA